UGACCGUGGGCGCGUCGACGCUGCGCAUGCGCUACAACGCCAUGAAGGCGAAUUUCUCCAAGAUGAGUCCGGAGGAUGUAUGCCGCCCCUUUGCCCCACACCCACACCCACACUCCCUCAGAAAAAAAACGUUAUCGGGGGGUAUGCUUAUGCUGACUUGCGACGUAAACGUUCAGGAAGAACUAUUCCGGCGCACGAAGGAGGCCGUCGAGACCAAGUUCGCGCAGGAGAAGUGGCGGAUGAUUGCGGAGCAGAUGGAGAGUACUAGUGGCCAUGGGAGGAAGUUCCCGGCGGCGACGUUGGUGAAGAAGUGGAAGGAGUUGGAGAGGGUGAAGCUGGGGAAGGGGCAGGCUGUUGGUGCUGGUGCUGCGCACGUGGCGGUGGGUAAGGAGGCAAUUUCUUCUUCUUCGUCAUUGUUGUCGUCGUCUCUGUCUUCCGGGGGUGCUGGGGAUGGGGAUGAUGAGGAUGAAUUUGAGGAAGAGGAUGGUGCUGAGGAUGAAGAAGAGGUGGUGUAAGUGAUGCUUCUACUUUUAGUUCAGGUUCAGAGGAUGGACUUCUCCCGUCUCAUCCGAAGUUGCGAGGGAGGUGUUCGUAUCUAACUUCAAAGUUAAGGGGGGAAAGUUCUACUUGUGUCUUUCUUCGGCGUUUUCUGCUUAUCG